AUGACUACUACAAAAGCUCUCGUUAAUAUUCGCCCGGGCCAUGCUGAGGUUCAGGAUAUUCCUGUGCCAGCGCUUGAGCCCGGUUACAUUAGAGUCAAACCCACCGCGUGGGUUAUCAACCCAGACGAUGCUUACCACCUUGGCCUAGAAGGUGAUGAGAGUUGUGUUGGUGCCGUUGUAGGAACGGACUAUGCAGGUGUUGUUGUAGAAGUUGGACCUGGAGUGAAGAGGGACUUCAAAGUUGGGGAUCGAAUUGCAGGCGGUGUUAGCGGGCAGAAUAUUCUGCGGAAGCAUGAUGGUGCUUUUGCGCACUUGAUUCACGUCAAGGGAGAUAUUCAGAUGAAGAUCCCUAAUAACAUGAGUGACGAAGAUGCUGCGACUCAGGGUGUUGCGCUCAUCACGAUGGGCGUUGGCUUAUACCAGCAUCUCCAUCUUCCACUUCCAGAUGCACCAGCAAAGGAGGCCUUUCCUGUCUUCAUCUAUGGUGGCAGUACGGCCAUGGGGAUCUCAGCAAUCCAAUUUGCAAAGCUCGCUGGCGCCACAGUCAUUACUACUUCGUCACCCGGCAAUACAGAUUAUGUCAAGUCUCUGGGUGCCGAUCAUGUCCUCGACUACAAGUCCAAGACUCUCAUCGACGACGUCCUCAGACUAUCAGGCGGUCCCCUUCUCUACAUCUUCGACACCCAUCCCAACUCCACCAGCACCGUAAUAUCCGCAGCAAUCCUCCAGCAAUCCCCCACCGCAAAAUACAUCUCCCUUAAUCCCGGCCCCGAACACGAAGUCAAACGCCUCAACCCUCACGUCACCGCCGAAUCUAUCCUCGCAUACUCAGCCACAGGCAAUCCAUGGAUGUACGAGAAUGAGUUUUACGAGGCUGUACCAGCAGAUUUUGCAUUCCAGAAGAAGUUUGUCAAAGUGGCUGAGAAGCUGUUCGAGGAGGGACUAGUCAAGCCGCCGCGUGUUUUUCUGAAUAGAGGGGGGAGUGGCUUGGAGGGCGUUUUGAAGGGACUGGUUGAGAUAAGGGAGGGGAGGGUAAGUGGCGGGAAGCUUGUGUAUACGCGGGAUUGA